AUGGGAUACAAAGCAAAUAAGACGAGUCUGUGGCUUCGACUAGCACUGCUGAUGGUUUUGCUGGCAUGCGUAGUACAUCAGAUCAAUGCUAGACCGUCAGCGCCAGAACAGCAGAGCAGGGCCCGCUUACUGGAUCACCUGUUGCGGGCCAGACUGGGCGCAAGCAGUACGCACCACAAUCGUCGCCAUCAACCUAAGAAGAGAUCGGCAGAUUAUGAGGAUUACUACGACGCCGAUUACAAGCGAGUGCAACAGUGCUACGAAGAUGAGGACGUAAACGAACUGUGCCAGCGUUGCUCGAAAGUUACGAAGUCGGCCCUAGUGUUUCCCAUGUGCUGCAGUAACGAAGAUGAAACGAUGAAUUGGUGCAGGGAGUACGUGUACUACGGCAUACAAACGUAA